AUGAAGCUGACUCGAAUUGUGGAGGUGACUUGGGAUAAGCACUCGCUCUUUGUUCGCGGUGAACGGAUCAUGGUCUUCUCCGGAGAGUUCCACCCAUUUCGGCUACCGGUUCCGGAUCUCUGGCUUGAUAUCUUUGAAAAGAUAAAGAGCAUGGGGUUUACAGGAGUUUCGUUCUAUGUGGACUGGGGUCUUGUGGAAGGCAACCCAGGCCAUGUCUCCACGGACGGCAUCUGGAACCUUGAGGAAUUCUUCGAUGCUGCCGUGCAGGCAGGACUGUAUCUCAUCGCUCGACCCGGUCCGUAUAUCAAUGCAGAGACCUCAGCAGGAGGCAUUCCGGGGUGGGUCUUGCGGCAGAAUGCCACCAUCCGAUCGGACAACCCAGAGUAUCUCAACACAACCACAAAUUACAUGUCCAUCAUGGGUCGGAUAAUCGAAAAGGCCCAGAUAACCCACGGAGGUCCAGUGAUAUUGGUGCAGCCAGAAAACGAGUACUCCACUUGGCCUGGAGUGACAGAUUUCCCGACAUCCAUGAAUCGCAAGUACAUGGACUUUGUGGAAAAACAGCUUCUUGCAGCUGGAAUUACUGUCCCGCUUAUCGUUAACGAUAAUUUGGCGUUAGGUUAUUGGGCCCCAGGGUCUGGUCUGGGAGCUGUAGAUAUUUACGGAAUAGAUUCCUACCCACUGCGAUACGAUUGCGCCCAUCCAACCGUCUGGCCAACUUAUAGGUUCCCGUAUGACUGGCAAGUGGUUCACGAGCGUGAAAGUCCAGGGACGCCUUUUGCAAUUGGAGAAUUUCAGGGAGGCUCUGGAGAGGGCUGGGGUGGAGUUAUUGAAGAGAAAUGCGGAGAGCUUGUGAACGAAGAGGCUGCCAGAGUUGUUUACAAGAAUAACUAUAGCUUUGGUGUAAAGUUAUUCAACAUCUACAUGACGUACGGUGGCACAAACUGGGGGAACCUUGGUUAUCAGGGCGGGUAUACGUCCUACGACUACGGCGCGGCUAUCACAGAAGAGCGAGGCAUUUGGCGCGAAAAAUUCAGUGAACAGAAACUGGAAGCAAAUUUUCUGAAGGUGUCGCCGGCAUAUUUGACCGCGACAUCGGGUUUGGGUAUAAACGGGUCGUAUGGUGCGCCGGCUUCAAUCGCAGUCACACCACUUGUUGGGAAUGGAACAAGGACGAAUUUUUAUGUGGUCAGACAUGCUGACUUCAGCUCCACUGACAACACCCAGUAUAAUCUAACAGUGUCCACAAGCAUCGGAAAGGUCAGCAUCCCUCAGCUUGGGGCCAGCUUGAUCCUCAAUGGGCGCGAUUCAAAAUUUCACGUCACAGAUUACGAUCUUGACGGUAUCAAUUUGAUCUACUCAACAGCAGAAAUAUUGAGCUGGGCAAGGGGACCCGGAUCAACCCGAGUGCUAGUCUUGUACGGUGGUGCAGGCGAACUCCACGAGUUUGCUAUUUCACGCCAUCUUGGCGACCCAGCCAUGAUUGAAGGAAACAAUGUUACAAUUCAGCAGAAAGGUCCAGCAUGGGUAGUACAGUGGCAGGUCCAGCCCAACAGGUCUGUGAUUCGUGUCUCGGACUUGGAAAUUUACCUUCUCUGGCGUAACGAAGCCUACACCUACUGGCCGAUGGAGCUGCCGGCGUCGCACCCGAUCGGGAAUUUUUCGUCUCCGACUAAAGAGUUGGUUCUCGUUAAGGGAGCCUACCUUAUUCGCAAUGUAAAGUUGGUUGGCAAGCAACUUUGGCUAUCGGGAGAUAUCAACGCGACAACAGAAAUUGAAGUCAUUUCCACCCCUGUUGAUCAAUUGGAAGGGCUGGUCUUCAAUGGGCAGCAGUUGAAAACAUCGCAUACAGCGACGGGAAAAUUGUCAGCUAAGAUCGACUAUAUGCUGCCCACGUUUGAAGUUCCUAAUUUGUCCAACCUGCGGUGGAAGUACAUGGAUUCACUCCCAGAGAUAAAAUCAUCAUACAACGACUCGGCUUGGAAGACUUGCGAUAAAGCCAUUUCCCAUAAUCCCCGGGAUCUAGACACACCCAUGAGCCUGUAUUCUAUGGAUUACGGCUUCCACACUGGAUCCUUGCUCUAUCGAGGUCACUUUUUUGCAAAUGCACGUGAGUCAUACAUUUGGCUAAACAUCUCAGGAGGAACUGGAUUUGGCCAUUCUGUCUGGCUGGAUGAUAAAUUCCUUGGAUCGUGGCCUGGCACAGGUGCAAAAGCCACUAUCACGCAGAAUCUUACAAUCCCAGAGGCGCUAUCUUCCGGAACUCCCCAUAUUUUCACCAUUCUGAUUGAUCAUAUGGGCCAGGAUGAGGAAGCACCGGGCACAGAUGCCAUCAAAUUUCCCAAGGGUAUUCUCGGAUAUCAGCUAUCCAAUCAUGACCAGUCCGAUAUUUCCUGGCGAUUGACGGGUAACCUUGGAGGCGAAGAGUAUCAAGACCUGUCCCGUGGGCCACUUAACGAAGGUGCUAUGUAUGCUGAGAGACAAGGUUAUCAUUAUCCCAACCCACCGAGUUCUGAUUGGACGGUUUCAAGUCCAAUAAAGAACGGAAUAUCCCAAGCAGGUGUUGGGUUUUAUACGGCAUCAUUUCAGCUUGACUUUCCGAGUGGCUGGGAUAUCCCCUUGAACAUUGUCUUCACCACUUUCACCUCAGGAACAUCCCAACACGAUGAACUUGGACUCAAUUAUCGCUGCCAGAUUUACAUUAAUGGAUAUCAGUAUGGAAAAUAUAUCAACAACCUCGGUCCCCAGAAGUCGUAUCCGAUCCCAGAGGGUGUUAUCAACCACAAUGGUGUCAACUAUAUAGCAUUGACUCUCUGGGCCCAGGAUGCUGAAGGAGCUCGAAUAGGUGGUCUAGAUUUGGUAGCAAGCACGGCAAUCCGUUCUGGGUACUCAAAGCCGCGGCCUGCGCCGCAGCCUUCUUGGGUGGCUCGAUCAGACGCGUACUAG